AUGCACUACUUCAAGGCACUCUCCUAUGCUUUGGCCCUUGCAUCUGCUGUUCUGGCAGCACCCAGUGACACAUCUGAUGCAAACCCUUACAUUGGCAAGACCCCCUUCGCUAACAAGGGAUAUGCGCUGAAACUCGAGGAGACCAUUGCCUAUUUCAAUGAACAGGGUGAUUCCUUGAAUGCUGCUAGGACACACACAAUUGCAGAUAUUCCAGGUCUUAUUAGUGACACCCUCGAGGCUCAAACAGUGACAGGCGAGAAGCAACUCCUUCAAAUAGCUGUCUACAAUUUGCCCGAUCACAAUUGCUCUGCAAAAGCCUCUGCUGGAGAGCUUGUCCUGGCAGAUGACGGGCUGAACAAGUACAAGAAGUAUAUCAAUGAUAUUGCCACAGAAUUGCAAACUGAGUCAGCGCAGCAACUCAGCUUUGCUCUCGUCAUUGAGCCCAACUCGCUCGGCAACAUCGUCACCAACCUGGAUGUCCCCAAGUGUGCUGGAGCCGCCGACGCGUAUAAGGAGGGCAUUGCGUACGCUAUCGCCAAACUGCAGAUCCCAAACGUCGCACUCUACAUCGAUGCCGCUCACGGUGGUUGGUUGGGGUGGGAUGACAACCUCGGCCCCGCUGCUGCCCUAUUCACCAAGGUUCUUGAAGGCGCAAAGAAACUUGUCCCCACCACCACUGUCUGUGGCCUCGCGAUUAACGUCUCCAACUACAACCAGUACAUAGCUGUGGCGCACGAAAACUACACCGAGUUCAGCAACAGCUGGGACAAGUGGCACUACAUGAACUCGCUCGUGCCGCACCUAGAAGAGAACGGCUACCCUGCGCACUUCAUCGUCGACCAAGGUCAUUCAGGCAGAAGUGCCAUCCGCACGUCGUGGUCGCAGUGGUGCAAUAUUUGUAACGCAGGCUUUGGCACACACCCUACCACUGAUCAAGCCAUUCUCAAUAACACCUACGUCGAUUCGAUCGUUUGGGUCAAGCCUGGAGGCGAGCCGGACGGCACAUCAGACACCAACGCAAUGCGGUUCAACGAGACCUGCCAGAGCCCCGUUGCCCACAUCCCAGCUCCUGAGGCAGGUGAUUGGUUCAACAACUUUGUCAUCAACUUGGUGACGAAUGCAGAGCCUCCCCUGGAACCCACCUACCUCUAA